AUGGUUAGACCAGGUGCAGUCAAAAGUGAAUUCACACUGGUCAGAAGUUAUGGAAACGUUGAUUUUGCGAAUGCUUAUUAUUCAGGUUACGAACCGCUCGUUCCUCAAGAAGUUGCUGAAUGUGUAAUGUUUGUAGUAACCAGACCAACAAAUGUCGUGGUAUCAGAAAUAGAAAUACUGCCAAAUGCACAGGCUGAUCCUCAAAGUUUGGUUAUCGAAAACCGUGAGGAAUAUCUGAAAACUUUAGCAGAGAAAUAUCAAAAACAAAAAUAG